UUCAAAGCACAUCAAUCCUCCAAAGCCUCUCUAGUCAGGACCUGCGCCCAAAUAUACCUGUCUUCUUCUACAGUUGCUCUCUUUGUUACUGAUUUAUGUGUGGCUGCUGAUCUGAGAAGCCCUAGAGAGAUGGGGAGAGCAAAGAUUGCGAUUAAGAGGAUCAACGAUUCAACAAACAGGCAAGUGACUUUCUCAAAGAGAAGAAGUGGAUUGCUCAAGAAAGCGAGGGAGCUUUCGAUCCUCUGCGAUGCACAAGUUGGUGUUAUCGUCUUCUCUAGCUCUGGCAAGCUCUAUGAAUAUGGAAGCUCCAGCAUGAAAUCUAUCAUUGACCGCUACAACGAACAACAAGCAGAUCAAUGUCAGCUUCUAGAUCCUGCUUCAGAAGUCAAGUUUUGGCAAAGAGAAGCAACAGUCUUGAGGCAACAACUGCAACACUUGCAAGAAUGCCACAGGAAAUUGAUGGGUGAACAACUUUCUGGUUUGAGCAUUAAUGAAUUGCGAAAUUUGGAAAAUCAACUUGGGAUAAGUUUAGGAAGCGUCCGGAUGAAAAAGGUUUCAUAG